UUACUCCAGCCCCCGAUGGCCAGUAUGGGCCACAGACAGGACAGGGCUGGAAUGGGCGGCAUUAUAACUACUAUAAUCCUGACCCUCCCUUGGAUACAGCCGCGCCUGGUCGUUAAGGAAGUUGAAUGUUCUGUCAGUCGCCCGAAUCUCACGUCACUUCCGGCAGCUUUGGUAACGUGUCCUUACCGGUCCGAUCGCUGUGAAUCCACACAAAGCAGCGACAUCCCGGACAUGGCGGAGCUGGAGCCCGCGGCUCUGCACAAUGAGAGCGAUGCUGCCGUGAACGGCACCGGGAGACUGGGGAGCUCUCCGGAGGGGACGGCAUUGGCGUACGGCAGCCUGCUGGGGAUGGCUCUGCUGCCCAUCUUCUUUGGGGCGAUGAGAAGCGUCAGCUGUGCCCGGGGGAAGAACUCAUCUGACAUGCCAGAAACGAUCACCAGCAGGGACGCUGCCAGGUUCCCCAUCAUCGCCAGCUGCACCCUCUUUGGGCUAUAUCUGUUUUUUAAAAUCUUCUCCCAGGAAUAUAUUAACCUCUUACUAUCCAUGUAUUUCUUUAUUCUGGGCGUCCUGGCUCUGGCACACACUAUAAGCCCAGCAAUGAACAGACUCGUCCCAGAAAACUUUCCUAACAAACAGUAUCAGCUGCUCUUCACUCAGGGCUCGGGGGACAGUAAGGAAGAGAUUGUAAACUACGAGUUUGACACCCGGGACUUGAUCUGUCUGAUCCUCAGCGGAAUAGUCGGGGUCUGGUACCUGCUUAAGAAGUAACAGUAGCCAAAUCAUUUGAGGCACCAAUAAAAUUGGUUUUUCCUCAGGAUCUGCUGGAGAGGGGACUUGAAGCCAAUAAUUUUGCUAUGCUGGGACUGGGGGAUAUUGUCAUUCCAGGCAUCUUCAUUGCUUUGUUACUCCGUUUUGACAUAAGUUUAAAGAAGAACUCUCACACUUACUUUUACACCAGCUUCUUGGCGUACAUCUUUGGCCUGGCCCUGACCAUAUUUGUGAUGCACACCUUCAAACACGCUCAGCCGGCACUCCUGUACCUGGUCCCUGCCUGUAUUGGGUUCCCACUGCUCGUGGCUCUGGUGAAAGGAGAGAUCACAGAGAUGUUUAGCUAUGAGUCCUCUGCGGAACUUCUACCUCACACUCCACGCCUCUCUCACUUUCCGGUGGUGUCUGGAUCUCCUUCCAGCCUGGCUGAAUCCAUGCAACAAAAAUCCUCUUCCCCCCCGCCGCAGGCGGCAGCUCAACCCCAGCUCCAUAUGAAGGGUCCCUCUCAUAUCUGCAUUUGGACAGAUACGAAGAGCAGCCGAAGGAUAAAGACAAAGAUGAGCAAGAUAAAAAGGAGGACUGAGUUCUAUGGCCGGGACAUUCCAUGACUGGGGAGGGCUUGGGAAACGAGAAGCGUGACCCUUACCCCGUUCAUUAUUGCUCCCCUUUUUCUGCAAUAUGUGCGUGUGUGAACUGCUUAUGCCCCCCCCUCCAGCACCCGGCGUGGGUGUUUGUCUGUGCCUGUCAUGUGUCGCUGAGCCGGUAUUUUUAUAUUUUGUAUGGUGGAUUUGCUUUCUAUGGUAUUAAAGCGUCAGUGAAGAUG